CAUCACUUAUUAAAGUGAGGCACGCCUACAGCGCGUGCGGCUGCCCAGUUCAUUCUCACAGACCACAGCGCACUUUACAGUGCUCAGACUGUCACUGACACAAUGCGCUACUAUUUCUGGCGGAUUUUUGUUUUUUACGAGGAGUAACAGUGGAAUAAGAGGAAAUCAUGCCAAUGCUAUCGUAGGAGACCGAAGACCAUUCACUUCUUUCCCGGGAUUGUUCUUUUCUGUUUAACCCUUAUCCACAAUGCUUUACUUUCAGCUGGUGAUCAUGGCAGGGACUGUCAUGCUGGCAUACUACUUUGAGUACACCGAUACUUUCAACGUGCACAUCCAGGGAUUUUUCUGUCAUGAUAAUGCCUAUACGAAGCCCUAUCUCGGACCAGAAGAGUUCAGUGCGAUCCCGCCAGCCAUCCUGUACGCGGUGGUCGCAGGGGUCCCUGCACUCGUGAUUACAGUGACAGAGUCCGUACUCUUCUUGCUGCAGUAUGUCUCUGAGGAUCUAGACAACCGAGAGAAGAUCAUUGUGAUGGGCGACUGUUGUUACCUAAACCCUCUGGUCCGAAGGACAUUUCGCUUUCUUGGUGUGUACGCAUUUGGCCUCUUUGCCACAGACAUCUUUGUAAAUGCCGGACAGGUGGUAACGGGAAAUCUGUCUCCAUACUUCCUGUCGGUGUGCAAACCCAACUACACAGCGCUGGGGUGCCAACAGGUGGUGCGUUUCAUCAGUCAACGGGAAGCCUGCACAGGCAAUGAGGAUGAUAUCUUACAUGCUCGCAAAUCAUUCCCAUCCAAAGAGGCGGCCAUCAGUGUUUAUGCGGCUCUUUAUGUUGCUAUGUACAUCACAUGCUCGGUGAAGGCCAAAGGGACACGGCUGGCCAAGCCGGUGCUCUCUCUGGGGCUCAUGUGUCUGGCCUUCCUAACUGGGAUUAAUCGAGUGGUGGAGUACCGCAACCACUGGUCUGAUGUCAUUGCUGGCUUCAUCAUCGGAGGAGCCAUUGCUGUCUUUAUGGUGGUGUGUGUGGUGAAAAAUUUCAAAGGGAAGCCCUUACUGAGUGAGAUACCGCCGGAGGAGAGUGUGUCCAGUGGUCCCAUGAUCACUCAGCCCAGGAUGGAGCACACUAUGGAGAAAUACAUAGUGUCCCAGAAUCCCAUCACCUAUGCUGAGAUCACAUGACAGUGAAAAGCCUACUAGCCAGAAUGCUGUGGAUAAUGUUGCUGCUCUCCAGUGCGACUUCUUACUUUGAGUGCAACGUCGAUAUGUGCUAUUUUUACACUUCUAUUUUCAAGUGUGUGGAAAAAAAUCCUCUAUACCUUGUUGUCCCCCUUUUAAGUUUUUUUUUUUUUUUUUUUGGAAAAAAGUUAGGGUCGCAUCCCUAUUUUUAUACAAACAUAUUACUGUUAUAAUUUUUUUUUGUGGUUGAAUAUACAGGGUAUUGUGUGAAUGUACAAUUGCAACAUGAUGUCCAUUGAAAUGUACAUAUCCUGAUGUACUAUUUACAACUGUGAGUCCAUUGUUGAAUUUUGAAGAGGUUUCUGACUGACAAGAAUUAUUGUUGUUGAUCCUCAUAGAAAUCAGGUUCUUCUUUUAUCUUUCUGCCUGUUUUUCUUUUCAGAACAGCAAACUGUUCCAGUGUUGCAUCAGAUGUUAUGCUGUGUAUUUCUAAGCAUGUUUAAAUGGCCAAUAGGGUUUAGUUAUUGUACAGUCAUGAAUUAUGAUUUGCUACUUUCUAGUAGAGACGAUAUUGGGGGAGGGACAUUCUCAUUCUAGAGAGCAUCUGAUUGGUCAAUACUCAGUGUAGUACAGGAUGAGUCAUCAAUAUUUACAUUUAGUCAUUUUGCAGACACUUUUAUCCAAAGCGACUUACAAUUGGGGAGCAAAAUAUUUUUGCUCAGUUUUCUAGGAACAUAUAGGAACGAUGGACUUUAAUUAAAAAACUUUAAUUUUGAUUUCACAGGGUCUUUAAAGUGGGCUGAUGUGAACAUGAGGUGAUAAGCAGAAAUAAUGAUUGAUUUUGAUGUCAUUAUGGCAGAGAGCACCUUGGGCAGAGUUGAUGAAUUUAAUUGUGACUGGCAAUUGAUUACAGGACUCACAAAAGAUUAGAUGCUCAAGCUUUUGCCCAAAGAGGCUGUAGGGUGUUUAUGAAGGAUCACUUUGUGUGCUUUAAUGUGGUCAGUGUGUGUGUGUAUGUUUGUGCUUAUUUGUGAGUCUGCCUUUGAUGUCACCUCUGUGAGAACGCAGUCUCUAGUGGCUUAGAGAAGGCCGUUUGUUUUCUUGGCAGAGCUGGAAUAAUACCCGUACCUGUAAAAAACCGAGAGAUAUGGAGAUGGAAAGAAAGAGCGCAUGGACCUUCAUUGAAUGGAAAACAAUGCAUCUCAGUGAGUUCACACAGAUAUAUGGCAAUACAAUAUUUGCAUUUGGAUACAUUUGCGAUUUCACAAUCAUAUGUGUUUUUAUUGUAUCAUAGACCUCAUAGUAUCAAAGGUCUGCAGUGUUUGGUUGAAUUUACAUUCUGCAGAGUGAUUUUUUACACCAUACUUGAGUAUAUGUUUGAUCUCUCACUGACUAGUGAUGAGAUUUGAUUUUCAAAUUCAUGCUUGAAUACAUUAAGUGUCUCCUAAUGAUGUAAAUCAUUUAUCCAAUUCAUCUCACUCAUGUAGUACUACUGGACAUCUUGAACCCUUUUAUGUCCACUGUUUGUCCCAUUAGUUGAUUCUUUCAUCAAGGAAAGCUUGUGAAUAUACCUUUUUAGAGAGUUUUUGGCUGGCUCACUGAGGGUUUUACACUGAGUAAAGAACUCUUUGUAAAGCUGCUUUGUGAUUGUGAAGGUACAAUUAUUCAAAAAGAGCUACUGCAUUACCUGCACAUUGACUUUAAUUCAGGGUUAUUUCUAGUGACAGUUGUGUGAUUUCCUCCCAAAAGAAUUGGAAACAAAUGCACAUUUGAAUGUGAUAAGCAUAUACAUUUGGGAUUAUGUUCCAGUCAUAAAAGCAAAGAGGUAACCAAACUCAACUGUAAGAAUUUUUUUUUUUUUUUCCAAGAGAUUUUUUUCAAAAGGCUUUAAAAAAGUUGGUAUAUAGGCUAUAUCCAUCAUAUUUGGUUUACAAAUGGAUUUGAUGCCCAAAACCCAAAAGUUGUGAAAGAAAUUUUGAUUGUGAAAAAGCCUGAAAUGUUUGUAAAACCAUAUUGUAUGAGAGACGGCUUGUGUUGAUGAUCUGGCAAUGACCUCAGUGACUGAACUGGAAAGGAAAGCAGAUCUUCCCUGAGUCCAAGAUGUCAAACAGUAAUAAAAUAUUUAC